AUGUUCCGGGCUUCCUUGCGGUCUGUUUCAGACCCUCUCCGCGAACAUGUCUGCAUCUCCUGUUUAGCCCAGAGGCUCGGAGGUCGCACUAGGCUCCGUCUGUACUCCAACACUCCAUAUCGCGCAAACUCGGGCAUUGAAGACGCAUCCCCUCGGGUCGUCUCAGAGGGUUUGUCGGCUCUAGACAAGGUACGAUCAUCACCGGACCAUGCGUCUUUCAAUUCAACUGUCUACUUUGUGUCUCCCGUCGUCCAAUCGCACUUUACAACUCGCCUACUCUAUGGCAGCCCACCACCGCAGAAAGACCAGAAGAGCCGGACUCCUGGCGAACAUCCAAAGCAGCACAACAAGAGACUCAAUCGCCUCAAAUCGACUUCCAAUGCUCGCGAUGAUGAUGAAGCCGCCACCACCAAAAGUGACGAUGACACUACCUCGCCAACCGAGGAUGGUGAGCCAUCCAAGGAUCAGUCGCCGCGUACUACUGGCAAGGGACCAAAGAAAAUUACUGGAAAGGCUCGAAAGAUGCCUGCGAUCAAAGCUCGGAGAGUUUUAGCCAAGGAGAAGCAAAAGACGAAAGCCUCGAAAGACCACCCAGAUCAGAAAGAACAGCGUGCUGCAGCGACUGAAGAAGAUCCGACAUCUCGUAUCAAGUCGUCGCUCCAAUCGAUCGUUUCUCACCUGGAUUCAACGAAAGCUACAAGUGUAAGAGAACAGGAAAGCCCUAAGAACCUGUCAUUCGUUAUGAGCUCUAUACACGCAAAGGAGCAUGGCAAGGUCGAAUCGAAAGACCUGCAGUUAAAUCCUCUGGAUGUUGAAACAGCGCCCGUUCCGCGACUCUCUUUUGGCCUUGAAAGGGUUUUGUUCAACCCGGGCGUCUACCAUCUUCGGGACCCCCGUUCUCGUGUCUACAACUUUGACCCCUACUUGGGUCAGAUCAUGCCCGUCACCGAGUUCGAUUUCGAUGCUUUGAAGGACUAUAUCACCUCUUCCAAGGAUCAUACACUCCGGGAUAUAGCAGUGAAGGAAAAAAAGAAGUACAUAGGAUCAUCUUCGAGCAUGACCUCUGUGUUAUCCCACUUUCAUUAUCUCCUCUCGGCAUGGAGGGGAGUUGAUAUUCGGACCUUGUCCCAGGGCUUUCCAGAUAAACUGAGGUCCUUCACACGUCUCCUUCGUGCUCCUUCAGCCAUGUUUCUCCGAUACCAAGAUGGGGUCUACGCCAUCGACGCUGACAAAGAGUUUGAGUCUGCCAAUAUCCUGAUGAACUUGGGAAAGUCAAUGGAAAAACUCCUUACCUUACCGAAGGAUGAUUUUGAACGCUACAGGCGGUCAAGUGAGAACAAGAUCUCUGCCGAGGAGGAACAGGCUAUUCCUGAAUCCUAUCACUAUUCUACGCUUGGUGAUUUCCUCAUGAGGUCUCAGUUGGAUGCGUAUGAUCCUAGGCUUCCUGGAACUGGCAUGUUCGAUCUCAAGACGAGGGCUGUAGUCUCCAUUCGGAUGGACGCCCGUAACUUUGAACGUGGUCUUGGUUAUGAAAUUCAAAACCGCUACGGCGCAUUUGAAUCCUACGAACGCGAAUUUUACGACAUGAUCCGAGCGGCUUUUCUUAAAUACUCUCUUCAGGUGCGAAUUGGCCGUAUGGAUGGUAUCUUUGUUGCCUUUCACAACAUUGAGCGUAUUUUCGGAUUCCAGUACGUCAGCUUACCGGAAAUGGAUCAAACAUUGCAUGGCCAGUAUGACACGGCAUUGGGUGACACAGAGUUCCGUCUGAGCCUCGCAUUGUGGAACAAGAUUCUAGACAAAGUCACGGCGAAGUUCCCCGAAAGGUCCAUUCGUCUUCACUUUGAAACCCGAGACGCCCAAACUCCGUUCAUGUACAUCUUCGCGGAACCCGUCACUGAUGAUGAGAUCCACUCUAUUCAGACCAGAAAUCAGGCUGAAAUCGAUGCGUAUCAGCGACGUGUUUUGAACCUAGCUCCCUCCGAGGAAGAAGACGCUCCAUCCACAGAUGGUAAAGAAGAGGUUCAGCCGUCUAGCAGUUCUGAUAAGCAAGAAGGGUCAGUUGAUGAAGAGACGAGCUCAUCAGAAGUUGGCCCCGAGGAUUAUGAAGCAGAAUAUGACUCGUCAGCGCCACUUGACGAGGCCUUCCUCUCGGAAGUUGAAAAUGAAGUCGCAGAGAAAGCCGCUAACAACGGCCGCGAGUUACUUGCAAUGACUCUUGUGACUAAGAACUUUGUCAACGGUAGAAUCGUUGAACGGCCUAACGACUUAAAAAUAAACGAUCAAUGGACUGUCGAGUACGAACUAAGCGUAUUGAAAGGAGAAAAAGCACGCGCCUUGUAUGCAGCGUGUCAAAAACGUCGGGAGAAGGCUCUCACGGGCCGAGGAGAGGAUGAACAAGACGUCGCAAACAACGUAUACAUCCGGCGACUACGGGAGAUCAGCAAAAAGGGCCGAGACUACCGCAAGACAGAGAAUAAGCUGGACAAAGAGAAUGGCAUCGUUGUACUUGACGAUGCAGCCUAA